AUGCGGCUGCGGGUCCGAGUGGGGGCGGCCUUGGUGCUGUGGGCGCUGGUGGCGGCGGGCGCGGCUGCGGGGCCCUCGCCAGGGCCGCCCGGGCGCUGCGCCCUGGCCCACUACCGCGCGCUGGAGCCUCGGGCGCUGGCGGCCGUCAAGGCGCUGCGGGACCGCUACGACGAAGAGACGCUGAGCUGGAGGCCCCGCAACUGCUCGUUCCGCCCCCGCAGGGCGCAUCCCCCGCCCUGGUCGUGCGCGCGGCUGCGCCUGGUGGCCCGGGGCAUCGCGGAGGCCCAGGCGGUGCUGAGCGGCCUGUGGAGCCCAGAGCUGGUCCCGGACUGUGGCAGGACCCUGGAGCUGCUGGCGGCGGUGGAGCGGGACCUGGGGGCCUGCGAGUCCCCCAGGUGCCACCAGGCCAAGGUGGUCUUCGGUCUCCUGCGCCUUCUCACCUGGGACCUGAGGCUGGUGGCGCAGGAGGGGCCUUGUCUCUGA